AUGAGCCGCUUCUUGUUCCGCCAGAACCUUCAAACCUGCGACGUGUUUAUCAACCACAGAGGGAUUGACACGAAGCGAACGGUCGCCACUUUGCUGUACGAUCAUCUUUCACGGCUGAAUUUAUGCCCGUUCUUGGACAACAAGAACAUGAAGCCCGGCGAUAAGUUAUUUGACAAGAUUAACAGCGCCAUCAAGGGUUGCAAAAUUGGCGUCACUGUGUUUUCACCUCGUUAUUGUGAGUCGUAUUUUUGCCUUCAUGAAUUGGCUCUUAUCAUGGAGUCGAAGAAGAAGGUUAUCCCUAUAUUCUGUGACAUCAAGCCGUCGGAACUUCGUGUCCCCGACAAUGGGAAAUGCCCGGCCAAUGAGGUUCAGAGAUUCAACCGGGCUCUUGAAGAGGCAAAGUACACCGUUGGGCUCACGUUCGAUUCUUUGAAAGGGAACUGGUCAGAAGUUGUGACAAAUGCAUCAGACAUAGUCAUUAACAGCUUAAUGGAGAUUGAGUCUGAAGACUAG